ACAUCAAAGAUACGGUAGGAGUGGAUAUGAAAUAAAAUCGGUCUUAAUGACUGAUGUAACGGACAUUUACUAUUAUUUGAUGUGACUGUGAACUUCCAUUUCCAUACAAUGAAGAAAGGCACCGGCUUAGCUAUCAAGAAAGUGUCUUUAUGUUCCCUGGAUAACUAUGGAUUAGCGACAAUUAAAUCGAAAGCAGAAAAAGAGAAAGAUGAUGCUCCAAAGGACAGGUUCUUCUACGUGCACAUAUUAUUUUUGAUAAUGGGACUAAUGCACAUGAUACCUUAUUCGUUUUUUAUAACUGCCAAUGCUUACUGGAUGUACAAGUUCAGAGAUGUCAAUGCAAAUUUAACGGACGCAUCCGCCAGGACGCUGCUCCAAACCCAUUUUUCUCCUGCCAACAGUAUAAUGCACGCUAUAGUUUCCCCAGCUACUAUGCUGAUGUCCACUUUUUUCGGGUUCAAAAUCAAGGCUAGAGUUAGGGGGCUGAUGUCGUUGAGUGUUAUGUCCUUUAAUUUUAUCGCUGCCACUGCUUUCGUCAAGAUCGAUACGGAUUCCUGGCAGGUGACGUUUUUCGUCAUAAUAAUGGCCUUUUUGGGAAUGAUAACCAUUGCAAAUUCGGCGAUUUCAGCAGCAAACUUGGCCAUAAUAUCAAAGUUCCCCCCGUACUAUAUGAAGGUCUACUUAUUCGGUGAAGGUCUGGCGGGUCUCUGUAGCGCCACUUUGCAGAUCUUGUCUUUAGCCAUGGGAACUUCUACCGAGGUAUCAGCUCUGUUCUACUUCAUCGCUGGAUCAAGUCUUAUGGUCCUGACACUAGUUUUAUUUUACUUUAGUAAAUAUAACAAGUUAUUCAACCACUACGUCAAUAGCGUGGUAGAAGAUGUUAACAGGGAUGUAUUGCGUCUUUCUGAGAUUAAAGAUUUGGCAAAGCAGAUCUGGGCCCAAAUAGUAGCAUCUCUUUUGAUGAUGUUAACAAUGUCUCCAGUGACGCCCAACAUAACUACUUUGGUCGUUUCAGAAAACUAUGGUAGUGGUAGUGAAUGGUCAGAUAAAUAUUUCGUACCAGUAAUAACAUUUCUGUAUUCGGAUGUGAUCGGUCUCUUCGGACGGAUAGCAAGUGCAAAAUAUAACAAGAUCAUCGGUGGAGUACCAUUCUGUUUGUUCAUGUUCGUGAGGAUGGUCAUUUUCGUACCACUAAUAUACUUUUGUAAUGCCCAACCUAGAAAUUAUCUUCCAGUGCUUUUUCCUCACGAUUGGCAAUACGUCUUAAUAUUGUUCUUUUACCAAUUCACCGGCUCGUUUGCAUUUAAUUUACUAUUCUUGGAUGUAGGAAAAGUGGUUGGACCCAAAAAGGCUGAAGAUGCAUAUUUGGUAAUGAUGUCAAUUAUGUCACUGUCGACUGUUCUUUUACUGCCUGUUGGAAUGUUUUCAGUAGAUUUACUAUAAUUAAUGUAAACCCAAAUAUACAAUUUUCUCCAAAUAUAAGCGUAUGUUGCGAAAUUACAAAAAUUUUAAUGGAAAGAAGACAAUUUGUGACAAAUAAUUUUACAGGAGAUUUUUUGAUGUACUUAUAUUUUGUUACGUUUUAAAUUUUAUUCCAAGAUAACAUUCUGUUCACUGUACUUUUAUUGUAAAUAUUUUUGUUAGUUAACGAAUAGGUAAAAUAUUUGAGAUCUGACUUUGAACUAUCGUUGAUCUUUAUAUUAAAGAAUCCGAUGUUACAAACUGAUUGCUAGAUGUGCUUCUCGCAGUUAUAAAUAAAUGUUUUAAUAAAUAUUUUAGAAUUUUG